UGAGGCCAUGAGGCCGGACGGGGGUUAUACAUGGAUGUCGGCGGCUCUUUGUGUUGGAAAUAGACUGUAUUCGGAAUCAACUAGAACUGUUUUUGCUAAAUAAAAUGGAGGGGUUUGAAGGGGUCAAAGUCGGUGAGGGUGUUUUAGAUCUGUCCCGUUUGAAUCUGAACAAUUUAAAUUUUGAUAUUGUUAGCGAGAAACGACGGAAAGACGCGAAACAUCUUUAUGUGUGUUAUAACCGAAUCUCGCUUCUGUCCGACUCCAUUUGUUUAUUCUCUAACCUGGAGUUUCUGGACAUCAGCAAUAACACGCUGUCGGUCAUCUGUGGGGACAUCACCCGUCUGAACAAACUCAAAACACUCGUAGCCAAGAAUAACCGUUUAAAUGAGUUUUCUCUGCCUAAAGACUUCGGCUCUCUGCAGCUGGAGGUGUUGAAUCUGAGUGGAAACAGGUUUGAAGAGAUGCCGACCCAGUGUUUGCAAAUGCAGCAGCUACAGUCCCUUUCACUCGGAGGAAACAGACUGAAAAGCAUCCCAGCAGAGAUAGACAAUCUAACCAGCAUGGAGCUAUUGUAUUUGGGUGGUAACCAGAUCUCCUCCAUCCCUGCUGAACUAGCUAACUUGACCUGCCUCAAUUACCUGGUUCUGUGCGAUAAUCGCAUCCAGAGCAUCCCACCCCAACUCAACAGACUCCAUUCUCUGCGCUCUCUUAGUCUGCAUAAUAACUUGCUGACCUAUCUUCCAAGAGAGAUCCUGAGCCUGGUGCAUCUUAAGGAGCUCAGUCUCCGCGGCAACCCCUUAGUCGUGCGCUUCGUCAAGGACAUGACAUAUGACCCCCCAUCACUACUGGAGCUGUCUGGACGCGCCAUCAAAAGUAGGAACCUUCUGUACUCUCAUCAAGACCUCCCAACCAACCUGGUCAACUAUCUCGACAUGGCCAGCAAGUGCCCCAACCCCAAGUGUGCAGGUGUUUAUUUUGACUCAUGCGUCCGUCAUAUCAAGUUUGUGGAUUUCUGCGGGAAGUAUCGCCUACCCCUGAUGCACUACUUGUGCUCCCCAGAAUGCACCUCUCCCUGCAGCUCCAAUCCUCAGAGUGACGCUGACUCGGACGACGACCACAGUGUGCCCGCUGACCGCCUUCAAAGAGUUCUGCUGGGAUAACCUUGCUCACCCCUCACAGGAUCUUGCUCUCUCAAAACAUUAUCAGCAAUAACAUUGAACUUUGCUCUAAAUUCUCUCAACUUAAGCCAAAUCGUAUUGCCAAGUGAGUGAGAAUGCAUCAGAAGUUUUUCCAUUUUUACUAAUUUAACAAAUGCCUUACCUUGCGAUGGCAAAAUAAAUCAAACACUGGUAGUUCAGAAUAUUUGUUGUUUAGAAUAGUUAUAUUAACAUUUUUCAUCAAGCUGUAUCGCUCUUGCACUUUUGCAGUACAUAGAAGAAACAGUUUUUGUACACAUUUAUCUUUUGCUCUGCAAAAGAUUGCUUGGUCUCAGAGUUGAGAUGGUGGAUUCAAGGAGAUAUUGUCUCAUAAUGCACAAAGAUUUACUAUGAAAUUCAUAAAACAUUGAAAGAACUAUUGCUUUUGGGGGUUUUAAAUGGGUUUAAAUGUGAAAGGAAUUGCAAACAGGUUUUCUGAACACUCCCACAGUCAUUUAUUGGUUGGAUUUACAGAUAAUCCCGCCCCAAGCUCAGGCCAUUGGUUGAGCCAAUGUUGCUGUGUCAGGCUGGUUGGCAUUCUCAAAAUAACAGACAGCUUUACACUUUGGGGGUAACCAACUUUCAAAUGCUCAAUGCUUAUCAUGUAACCUUGCUUGAAGUUGUCUCGAAAUAUUAGGCUUGGUUAGUAGAAAGUAUUUUAACAUCCAAAAACAUACACAUUUCACCUAUUAAAAAGUGUUUCUUUGUGAUGUACAGUAUUGUUGUAGUCUACAAUGCUGAGACCUCACAGCCUAACACAGCUUCCCAAACAGUUAAUGCGCUUAUUUUUCUGCAAAACUUUAACAUAUUGCGUUUUGUUAUCAAUCUUUGUAUUGAAUAUGCUAACACUAAGGUUGUCUCUGCUGUUUGUUAAUCUUCUCAUGCAGUCACAAACUAGAACAGCAUUUGAAUCCUGAGAUAAACAGUGACAAAGGUCAUCAAUGCCUAAAGUGUAGAACUUGUAUUGAUGGUUAAUUCUUCAUGUAGACCUCUUUUAUAUCAACUAUAAAUAUAUGAUAGUGUUACAGAGCCAAUAGCAAACAUUGUUAAGUGGGUGUGGCAUUUUUCUAAUGUGUUGAUUGAAUUUUAGCACUACAAGGAACAGAAGUGUUUGUUUUUUUAAAACAACCUUUCUUUGUUCUUGAAGCUUAAAAUAUUAUUCACUCACUUAAGUUUCUUCAUGUUUGUCUUACACUUUAGGCUUAACCAUUGUCGUAUUGACUAUGUAAAUAAUUAAUUAAAAAAAUUCUGAGUUUUUAAAUUUACAUUUACAUUUAUGCAUUUGGCAGACGCUUUUAUCCAAAGCGACUUACAGAGCCGUUAUUACAGGGACAAUCCCCCCGGAGCAACCUGGAGUUAAGUGCCUUGCUCAAGGACACAAUGGUGGUGGCUGUGGGGCUCAAACCAGCAUCCUUCUGAUUACCAGAUUACCAGUUAUGUGCUUAGACCACUACACCACCACCACUCCAAUAAAAUAAUAUCUAAGGAUUUUAUACAAAAUAAUCUUUUGUGAUAUUUGUAAUAUCAGUGACAAGAUAGAAUGUAUUUUAUUUAAGAUGAUAAAGGAAGAUUUGAGUUACACUCACUCCUCUAAUGGUUUAUAAACAUGUAUUUGCACUUCUAAUGUAGAGUACCAUAUUAAAAAUAAUUUGUGUACGAUUCACUGUGUAUUAUUUUUCCAUAUUUAUGUUAAUAAAUUAAUAAAGCCAGCCAUUAUGUUUUGUCAAAACCAAUCAAGCAGUUAACCAAUAUUAAGAUCAUUGUGAACUUCACAACUUAGUUUUAUAGAUUUGAUUUAUAAAUGGGAGAGUUGGACUGGGUAGUCUUUCUUCAAUACUCUUUAAAAAGCAUUAAGUAUGUUGAGAGAAUGACCAGAGUGUGCAGAACUGUAAUCUGGGUAAAUGGUGUCUGGUAGUUUUGAUUUGUUCAACAUUUCAAGUCACUAAACAAUUCCCAUUUUUUAUAUAUAUAUAUUUCAAGUUUUGAUGGGUAGAAAUGAGACUCAGACUUGGUUUGCACUACAGUCACAAAAAAACACUUAAGACUUAACCAAGACUUGUGAACAACACAAUCUAAAAAGAGAAAAGGAGAGUGAUCAAUAUAAUACUUUAUUAGUAUUAUUUUCCACGUUUUCAAAUAAAGGCAUUUCCAAACAUAAAAUAUGAAUGAGUUGUCAUGUCCAAACACCUGGCAUUUACAGUACAUGCAUGCUUUUAUGGUCAGUAUACAAUGUUCUCAAACACAACAAUUUCUUUUGAUUAGAACACUCAAAUUUAUUUUUGCUCCAUGUUGAGUUUAGUUACUUAAAAUGAGCUAAUGUAAAACAAUUAUAAUUUUUUUGUCACAGCUUAAUUUCACUGUCUGUAAUCUAUUUAAUUUUGUAAAAUGGAUGUUCACUUAAUUCAUUUGUGUUGGGACAAAUUAAAAACCUUUUGUUGGCCUUGACCAAAUGUGCAUGUGAUGUCAGGUCCUCAGCAUGCACUGUGGCAUGAAUA